AAUUUUGAAGUGAUAUAAAGUUGUGAAAAAUUAAAGAGCACUCAAAUAGAAGAAAUUAAAAUUCAUUAAUGAACUCUAAACGUUGAUUUACGAAUCAAUCAGUCACAACUCUCAGAAAAUUACUCAUUUAAAAGUCAAAGGUGAUAGAAGUUAAACCUUCACUGUGAUAUUCAACUUAGCAUGAGUAAGAUAAUAAAUAAAAUUAUGGAUAAGUUAAAUACAUCAAAAAGUACAGACAAAAAGUCUGAAGAAAAGACAUUUUCAAGCUUUGGAUCAGCACAACCACGAAAGACUGAAGGCAGUAAUACAAGAAAUUCAUCAAAUGGAAUCAAUCCGAAAUUAAAUUCGAGUGGAAAUACGUGGAAUAAUCCAUGGAAAUCACCAGGAACAAGAAAAUAAGAAUAAACAAGAACCAAGAAAUUAAGAAUAAGAUAAUUUAGCAACGACUUUUUAAGAACAGCAAAUUAUAUUGCAAAAAGUUGAAAAUCCUGUUUGACAUUUUGACACAAUGCUGCAUGGAAAUUCCAAAAAAUAUUGCUGUUUUUUAAAAACAAAAAAAAUUUUGGUGAUUUUUGC